GCUCGCUUCUCCCUCCCUCCCUCCCUCCCUCUCUCUUUCUCUCUCUCUCUCUCUCCACCUUCUCGGAGACGGUGUGAAGUCUUGUGUGCAGUUUGAAGUAAGUCGCUGCGUGCGUGUGGGGGGGAAACUAUCUUUUCUACAGGACGGGACGACGCCCUCACAUUAUAGAAUAGGUGUAUGUAUGCCUCUCAUGUAUUCAUCAAUGGUAACUUUGAUGACAGUGCUGUGAUUUGCUGUGAAUGGAUUUCAAAAUCUGGGAUAUGAUAUUAUUCGCAACAUUUUCUUUGCAAUGAUUCACUUCUUGUCUUCUUCCUUUAUCGUCUGGUGAAAAUUCCUUGGAGGACCGAGUUAGGAGGAAUUUUAUUAAAGAAUGCUGAGCAGGUGCUGUUAUGAGAAAAGGAAUCCAACUUUCUUACACAGAAGCUCAGGAGGUGAACAUCACGUGAGGUCAAAGUGGCUCUCAUCCAACGUCGAACACAGCAAAGGUGUCUGUUAUAUUAAGCGAUGGCUGUAGUAGACUCUAUGAUAAGUGAACCCACAACUCUUAUGAAUAACGAACCUCAUGAACGAAAGAUUCUAUGACAACAGUCGUCUUGCCGAUCAUUAAUUGUUUCGUUAAUUGAGUCAAUGUAGAACGAUUUUGAGGGUUUUUUAAAAUAUUCUCUUCUCACCGCUGUGUUGAGCUGGUCUUUUGACUUAGCCCCUUGAACAGUAUCAAUUGAGAGCUUCGUUUCAGUCAUCCUGUGAAAAAUCUAUCGCGACAUUUUCAUUUAUUGUGUUGACAUUUUAAACGAAGACGUGCGUGAAAUCUUCACGACUUGUUCAGAAAACGAAUAGUAAAGUAAUGCUAUGACAUUCGGAUUAUGGGAGCCUGAACUCGCGUUGCUGUGAAUGUUUUGCGUUUUGUGUUUCGCUUCUGUCGGCUCAGAGUGGGGUGGUGGGUACUUGGAGAACAAUGAGACAGCAGAGGUGAUGCUGACUGCCCAUUACAAUGAGAGGUGGGCACAAUCCGGAUAAUUUAUAAAGAUAACCGGAUAAUUGAAACAUUAUCCGAAUUCAGAUUCGUAACUCUAUUUCCUGACUCGUUUGCCGAAGUGGGUGCACCCAUUUGUUGAAGUAGUGCUAACCCCUUUGUCGAAUUGCUUCUAACCCAUUUGCCCAGGCGGUUCAUAUAUUAUUUGCCGAGAGGUGCACUUACAUAUUAUCCGGAUUUUGCUACAGCGACUCAUUGCCCAGACAUACAUGCAAUGACGGUUUUCAGCGGUCAGACCCAAGGAAGACCCCUCGGCCUCAGUUGUAAUCGGACUGAGAAUUUCCUUUGGCCUCAGUUGUUGUAGCCCGACUGAGAACUUAGCUGGGCCUCGGUUGUUGAAGCUGAACUGACGACGGACGAUCCGUGGCCAUAGUUGUUUGUAGCUGGACUGUCGAGACCUGAUACAAACGAUGAAGAGACAACUCUGUGUUCUAGUUGGCAUUUUGCUGACCGUGGUGACCCCGACCCUCUCGGACCACUGGAGCCAGUGGUCCGUGUGGAGUGAGUGCUCGCGCACGUGCGACGGCGGCGCCACCUACCAGGAGAGGAAGUGCGUGCGGAGUUACGAGACCAGGCGCGGGUGUGAUGGCGAGCGCUUCCGUUACAACACCUGCAACAAUGAGCCAUGUUCCCCGGACUCUUUCGACUUCCGAAGUCAGCAGUGUGCAGCCUACAAUAACGCCACUUAUGGGGGCAAACUCUACACUUGGCUCCCUUACACGGACCGCAAGAACCCUUGUACUCUCUACUGCAUUCCUAAAGGCACGCGCACAGUGGUCCGGCUGGCGCCCAAAGUGCUGGAUGGCACGAGGUGCAAGUUCAACGCACAUGACAUGUGCAUCAGCGGGAAAUGCUGGAAAGUGGGAUGUGACCAUCGAUUGGACUCUCCCAUGACCCUUGACCUAUGCGGCGUGUGCGGGGGAAACAACUCGUGCCUGAACAACGGUACAAAGGGGCGCUACCACUGGGUGGAGAUAGGCUUGUCUCCCUGCUCGGCGUCCUGUGGUGUAGGUUCACAGACGUACCAGUACCGGUGCCGUGACAGACUGACCGGGAACCAGGUGCCCGACGGUCGCUGUGUCAGGAGCCCAAAGCCUAACGGACGUCAGAAGUCAUGCUUUCGCCGCCAGUGCCCGCCUGUAUGGAAGAUUUUCUCGUGGCAAGCCUGCUCUGUGAGCUGCGGUGGGGGCGUGGCGACCCGAGCUGUCAGAUGUAUGGACACGCUGAGAGACGGGCGACAGCAAUGGCUACACGACAGCUUCUGUCCCCACCCCAAGCCCUCGGGGACACGCCCCUGUAACUCCCACAUCUGCCCUCGGUGGUACGCGGGGGAGUGGUCACCGUGCAGCGUGACGUGUGGCUGGGGCGAGCAGGUCAGAGAGGUGGUCUGUCGUCACGAAGGGGAUAAGUUCUGUGACGUCAUCACCAAGCCAGUCACCAGGCGCAACUGCACCACCAUUUUCCCGUGCACGGAUCCUGAUGGUCGCCAGGAGCUGUCCUUUGGCCCCCGCCGUGAUGUGGGGGAUGAGAUGGCUCUUAUACAUGAGGAUGACGUGGAGAACCACGACAUGAGCACGCCCAGAUAUGUGGUGUCCAGCUGGAGCGAGUGCAGCGCCACCUGUGGUCAAGGCUUCCGCCAGAGGUACGUCAGAUGUCAGGUCCACCUGGUGUAUCUACAGGACAUGGUGGAUCUCGCCGACUCGGAGUGUUCUGACCGGAAACCCCCGGCCAACGAGGUGUGCAGUCUGGAGCCUUGCUACGACAACUUCCAGUGGGUGGCUCAGGGCAUGACGCCGUGCAGUAGGAGCUGUCUUGGGGGGACUCAGGAAACACAGCUAGAAUGUACUCAUAAGACGACGGGGAAGGCGGUGCCAGAGGACCAUUGUCUGCACGCCGAGAAGAUUCGGGUGGACCGCAGGAUCUGUAAUGAUUUCCCUUGUCCUCAGAGAUGGCGUAUCGGAGAUUUCGGCGAAUGUUCGGCUGGUGGUCGGCGCGGAAGCGGCUGUGCUGCCUGGCACGUCCAUCAUCAUGAGGUGUCCAGUUAGGGGCAUGAGCAAGAGACGCCUGGAGUGGCUCAAGAAUGACCGGCCCGUCAGAAAAGGUCGUAGGGUCACCAUCUCUAACAGGGGUAACUUGCGGAUCCGCCGUAGUCGGCCAGACAAGGACACGGGAGUCUACACAUGUAUCGCUGACACAAAGAAAGCCUCUGUGACCAUUGUCUUCUCUGCGCUCUAUGACAUCCUCCAAGAAACCCUUCAGAGAGAGAAAUAUCUCCUGGGGAUUUUAGCGGAUGAGUCCCGCACCAACACGACUGCCACCUUAAAAGAUCCGUUUGACAAGAAGCUCCGCCCCCUCCAGCUGGUGGUGGCCAAUUGGUCAGCUUGUACCGCCACGUGUGGGGGCGGGGUCAGGAAGAGAAAGGUCACGUGUGAGAUCAUAACUAACAACUAUUUUGAGACGUUCCCUUUACGCACGUGUAAACACGCCAACAUCGCGAUCCCUGACUCCAUCGAGAAAUGUGCCACGGACCCGUGCACCCGAUGGGUCACCAAAGACUGGUCACAGUGUCUGGAAGAGAACUGUGCUCGCGAAGGUUUCUCUUCCAAGGUCCGGACCGUGUCCUGUGUGAUGGAGAGCAACACGUCAGUUGUCGCCGAUCGGCUGUGUAACGAGACGCUUCAACCUCUGUCCAGGAAGGAGUGUCGGAACCCGCUGUGUCGACCGGUGUGGAAUACCUCGCAAUGGUCAGAGUGUUUGGCCAACUGUGGAGAAUCUGGGUUCCAGACCCGGAUGCUGACCUGCAUCUGGGAGGGCAACAGACAACCGGCGGGUCGGCAUUGUGAGGGGAUGGGUCGGCCCGUCCUGACACGCCCCUGUUUCAACAACUGCACACAUGAAUGUGUGGACAACUCAGACUACUGCAGCAUUGUCCCCAUGAUGAAGCUGUGCCGCUUCACAAACUUCAAGACCAAAUGUUGUCACAGCUGCAAAAGUCUGCCAGAGGACCCACCCUCCUGACAGGCGGCACGCCCAGAUAACGAGUGACCCUUCUUUCUAUUGGAGACCGUAACCAAAUUCAAGAGAUGCUCUUCAUGUCUUAGCUUUGCUGAAUAAUAGAAGUAUUUGUAGCUAUGACGUUUUCGUCAUAGUUGAUUCGACAAAUCUCGUGGACUGAUCUGCGGCAGUGACGUGAGAGACUGAAGUUUUUGCUGGUGUUUGUGUUGAUCCAAGCCGUGUGGAAUUGAUCAUGUACGUUGUGGACAUGCCUGAGCCUUGGAUUUCUUGUAGACUUUGUUCAAGUCCCGAAGAGCAUGAUGCAUUGUUCAGUGUUUCCUCGUUGUGGAUUGACUUGAAUUGAUAUUUUCCUUACGCAAGACUUGUCGUCAGUGAACUGUUUUAAUGUACUUGAAUACCUGAAUGGAAAAUUUUACAGGACAGGUAAAAAAAUUGUUUCAUUCUUCUAAUCAUUGGUACCUACAUUUCUAUAUCUUCUCUUGCCGGUUUUCGACUUUUAGAAUUUGAAUAUAUCGACAAAAUAUAUCUUGAGUACAGACUAAAAGUGACAUGUGUGUCACUAAAUUAGUCAUUAAAUCAAGACAAGUGAACCUGUUUUGAUAGUUCUUCAUCUAAUGAUUUAACUGAUUGCCGCAAAGUAAUUUGACGUCUAAGUUGUCGUAAAGGAAUGCGCCCGAACCGCUGCCAGUGGCUCACCGUCACAGCGGUUCCGACUGCGAGCCACUGGGAGCCGCUUGCCAGAGAUAAUGAGUUCAAGAGACUGCAAUGAAAAGGAAUUUAAAACUCUGGGUGUAGUACAUCAGAACUGCUGGGUGGCGCUGUGCUGGGUGGAAGCGAAGUGUUAUUUAACAAACUGAAACCAAGCACAAUAGUUUUUAUGUAAUAUUACGGUAAUUCAUUUGAAUUUGAUUGCAUGUUUUUAUAUGACCCUGUCAAGUUUUCACGGUCACGGAGGUGCCAUGGAGAAUGUUUAUAUUAUAUACCUGUAUCAGCUUUAAGAUGGAAGAAAAGGGGAAAUAACCCCUACUCCCACAA